AUGGUUUGCCGGGGGCCAAAAUGGUUGGAGAAUUGUGAUGAUUACAAGGAGGGAUCUUGGGCCCCGGCUGCAAAAGAAUCUAUAUUGAAGUGGUACGCGGACCUGGUCGCUACCCACAAGGAGGAGGAUAUCAAGCAGGAGGAAGUUAAGGAGGAGGAGGAGGAUAUCAAGAUGGAGGAAAUCAAAGAAGAGUUCAAAGAGAUCAAGGAGGAGGAACUCAAGAAGGAGGAAGUUAAGGAAGAAGUCAAGGGGGAGGAGGAUAUCAAGAAGGAGGAGAUCAAGGAGGAACUCAAGAAGGAAGAGAUCAAGAAGGAGCAGUUCAAAGAGAUCAAGGAGGAACUCAAGAAGGAGGAACUCAAGAAGGAGGAACUCAAGAAGGAGGAACUCAAGAAGGAGGAACUCAAGAAUGAAGAGAUCAAGAAGGAGGAGCUCAAAAAGAUCAAGGAGGAAGUGAAGGCUCUUGAUCAUCAUUAUUCUGUUUCCAUGCACAUGUGA